AUGAUUAAUAUUGGCAGCAAAACACAUAUAGAACUUAUUGAAAACUUAAAAAAAGCAAAUAUUAUCAAGAGUGAAAGAGUUUAUAAUACAAUGCUUUCUACAGAUAGAGCGUUAUUUUGUCCAUCAAUGGCAUAUGAAGAUGCUCCACAGUAUAUAGGUUAUGGUGCAACGAGUAAAUAUUUUUUUAUGUUCAAACUUAAAUUAAAUAAUUUAGUCAGUGCACCUCACAUGCAUGCAAUAUCUGCAUGUUUGUUAGAGGAUUCGCUUCGUCCGGGUUCAAAGGCCUUGGAUAUUGGCUGUGGAAGUGGUUAUUUUGUUGCUCUUCUAGCAAAAAUGAUACAACCAGGAGGCAUAGUAGUUGGUGUUGAACAUAUUAAAGAGCUCGCAGAACAAGCUAAAGAGAAUCUAAAAAAAAUGCCAGAUACUUACGAAAUGCUUAAAGAUGGAAGAAUCAAAAUUAUAUGUGCCGAUGGACGAUUAGGAUAUCCUAAAGAAGGGCCUUAUGACGUUUGUCAUGUUGGUGCAUGUGCAAAAGAGAUAUAUCAAACAUUAAAAGACCAACUUAAAGAAAAUGGAAGAAUGGUUAUUCCCGUAGGAGACGAAUACGAACAAUAUAUUAUGUAUGUUUAUAAAGACAUAAACUCACGUAUCACUGUCAAACGUUUAUCUCAAGUCAAAAAGUAUGUUCCACUUACUGAUCUGCCUAAAAAUUAUUCAUCUUUCUAA